UCUCCAGCCUGUGUUCCCGAAGUCAGUCAAGAACUCAUCCAACAGACGGAGGAGAAGCUGGAGAACAGCCCCUGCAAAGAGCUGUUCUCUCCCUGCACAAAAUAGAUCUGUCCUUGACCACCUCAGUGGGGAACCAUUCCAAGAGUACCUAAACAGCAUGUACUUCGACAGGUUUCUCCARUGGAAGUGGUUGGAAAGGCAACCAGUAACGAAAAACACAUUUCGGCAGUACAGGGUACUGGGCAAAGGCGGCUUUGGGGAGGUCUGCGCCUGCCAAGUGCGAGCCACGGGGAAGAUGUACGCCUGCAAGAGAUUAGAGAAGAAGAGGAUCAAGAAGAGGAAAGGAGAAUCCAUGGCGCUCAACGAGAAGCAGAUUUUAGAAAAAGUCAAUAGUCAGUUUGUAGUCAAUUUAGCCUAUGCCUACGAAACAAAGGACGCACUGUGUUUAGUUCUGACCAUAAUGAACGGAGGUGACCUGAAGUUCCAUAUCUACAACAUGGGAAACCCGGGCUUCGAGGAGGACAGAGCUUUGUUUUAUGCAGCAGAGAUUCUUUGUGGCUUGGAAGACCUACACAGAGAAAAUACUGUGUACAGAGAUCUGAAGCCAGAAAAUAUCCUGCUGGACGAUUAUGGCCAUAUUAGAAUAUCUGAUUUGGGUCUAGCUGUUAAAAUCCCCGAGGGUGAAUCAAUCCGUGGAAGAGUAGGAACAGUAGGGUAUAUGGCUCCAGAGGUGUUGAACAACCAGAGAUACACGCUCAGCCCCGACUACUGGGGGCUAGGCUGUCUUAUUUAUGAAAUGAUUGCUGGGCAAUCGCCGUUCCGUGGGAGGAAGGAGAAGGUGAAGAGGGAGGAAGUGGACAGGAGGGUGCUGGAGACAGAAGAGGUGUACUCCCACAAGUUCUCUGAGGAGGCCAAGUCCAUCUGUAAAAUGCUCCUCACCAAAGACGUGAAGCAGCGGCUGGGAUGUCAAGGGGAAGGUGCAGCAGAAGUGAAGAGACACCCCUUUUUCAAGAGCAUGAAUUUCAAGCGGUUAGAAGCAGGAAUGCUGGAUCCUCCCUUUGUGCCUGAUCCCAGAGCAGUGUACUGCAAGGAUGUGUUAGACAUCGAGCAGUUCUCCACAGUGAAAGGAGUUAACCUGGACCAAACAGAUGACGAUUUCUAUUCCAAGUUUUCCACAGGAUCAGUGUCUAUUCCAUGGCAAAAUGAGAUGAUAGAAACGGAGUGCUUCAAGGAGCUGAAUGUAUUUGGACCAAAUGGUACUAUUUCACCAGACCUAAACAAAAGCUACCCCCCAGAGCCACCCAAGAAAGGAUUGCUACAGAGAAUAUUUAAGCGACAGCAUCAGAACAAUUCCAAGAGUUCUCCAAAUUCAAAGGCCAGUUUAAACCACCACAUAAAUUCGAAUCACGUGAGUUCAAACUCCACUGGAAGCAGCUAGUUCCAAGUCAGUCCUACCAAACAACGUGUUGCAUCCUUCCACUAUAAUCUCUGGAGCUUCUGUGGAUGAGAGAGCCUCCACCAUUGAGUGAAAAGAAGAAAAUAUGUAACUCCCAAAAUAUGGAGAUUUUCUAUCCAUUCCUUCCARUGGAGCCUCACAUUUUAAGAAGAAAUUUCCACUCAGGUCUGUUUUUGGAGGUGGCACUCAAGACUGUGUGAAUCAAAUUUGUCUCUUUAGAACAUUGCAAUAGAAAUUCAAUGAACAUGACUACUUGCACGUAUUUAAAUAGCAUCAUACUAGAACUGAAUUUUGUCUUUAUUAUUUUUAAAGAAAAGUUUUGUAAAUUUCUCUAUUGUCUCAGUUUACAUUUUGUACAUUUGUAUUUAAAUGAAAGUCAGACUUUGGAGGUGUAUAUUUUCCAAGCAGCAGCUGUAAAGCCAUGUGUUUUAAGACAUUUUUUUAAAAGAAACAAAAUGUGACUCAAGACUUCCAGAGCCUCAAACGAGAAAUCAUUCUUUUUAGCAAUUCUAGAAAAUUCUUCAUAAAUCACUUUGUCAGAUGGGGGUUUAUUGACAUGCAUUUUUAUGGARCAGUUUAUUCUUAAUUAUUUUGCAUCUGUAUAUUUGGUUUACAGCAACACUGCAUAAAUUUCUCCUCUUCAUUAGUUCGUAAUGUCUCGCAUUAAAUGCUAAAAGAUGAGAUUUUGAUGCAUUCAAGAAUGSUCCUUGCUAUGCUGAAGGUUUGGGAUGCCUUGGGACCAGCACAGCUGAGAUUUGCACUCACUUAUGUUGUUAUUCCAUCAAAAGCUUUUUAGUUAGAAAGGGAGCCCUGUUUAAAACUCUUUUCCUUYGCUGGUUCUGGUGCUGUUCCUAAUGACAGAAAGAACAAAGCUGAGUGAGAGGCAGCCAGGAAAGCAGAUAUCMAUUUAUUUUGSAGUGAUUGAAACCUGCACCUGCUGRAAUGAGAGCAAAACUCGAAUUAYUCUCCGUGCUGCAGCCAAAAAUCCAAGUCCUUUCCACAGCUGCCCAUAUCAGACAGGGAGCAGGAGAGAAGUUCAGCAGUCAGUGCCAACCAUGRGAUUGGUGAGAGCUUUGUAGGGCUGAGCUGUGAGGGUUCAGAGUGGGAUCUGAGCUGCUUUUAGGCAGCACCUGAAACACUUCCAUGUGUCCUGCAACCACCCCAUGGCACAUCCCCUCAGUUGGAUCCUCAACUGAAUAAAAUGUCASUAUGAAAUAACAAUACUCCCACUUUCAGCUCCGUCAUUCUUUGUCCAGGAUCCUUUAACCAUUGACAAAAACUCUGUCCCUGCUAGGAUGAAGAGAAUCAGGCAGGAUCUGCAGCCGUACCUCAGGCAUCAGAGYCAUGCUCUUCUCAAGUGUUUCACUGUUAAGAACACCAGAUUAAAAACAUGGUCACUUCUGUUCCAYAGGAACUGGAAAACCUUUGUCCCUCCAACUGCAAGAUCUCUACAGCCCAAAAUGUUCUGUGAGGUGUGUUGGUUCCCUCUGCUCUUUACAAUGUUGGUUGGACUAUUCAGAUUAUUUUAAACCUUUGGGUCAUCAGGAACAUCUGAAGGCCACCCUGGUGUGUCUCAAAUCCUGUUAGCCAGCAGGACAGCUAUCCCAGGGUUUGAGGAAGUAAUAUUCCAGUGGGAAUCUUAAYAGUAAAAAUGGAUUAGACUGCCAUGUGCAUGUUCUACAUGGCCAAUGCUGAGGGGGAAAGGAUGGAGGUUAGUACUGGCAAACCCCUGAGUGAGAAACACACAGAAAUGACACAGCAAAGCAGCUGAAAGUCAUGAGAGAGAGAGAACAGGGACUCUCUUUGGCAGGAAAGUCAAGAAAGGGAGGCUUCAGCCACUCUCCCAUGUCAGACAGAGGCACUGCAGUUUUACAGAAGAUGGAAGAUUUUAGACAUGUUACUAAUUACUAAGAUUUUCAUUCUUCACCAUCUCCCAGCACUGAGAAAUAACAGCAAAACCUUUCUCUGAAAGCUGGUGAACAAACUGYAAAUGCAGUUUAUAGCUGGCCUGGUCCCUUCCAGAUGCUGCUCAUUCAUUGUGUGACCAGGGGCAGUUUGGGCUCAGAAUUUGGGGCUGAAGCCCUGUCAAGGCAGUGCCCUGCACAGCCAGGCUUCCACAGGCACUUGGCCAUUGGCUCUGUGCAAAUUUAAAUUUUAAAACCACUCUGAAAAAAAUUUAGCUUCAUCAUACAACCUUGGAGAGCACUUGCAAUGAGAUCUUUAGUAUUUUGAUUCCAGGUGAAUUUUAAGAUGGGUUUGCACAUAACAGAGGAGUAGAAGGGAGUAGUUCUGUAGCAGCUUUCCAGACUAAUUAAUUUUUUCUAUCUUCUUUUCAGUUACCAUCAAAUUCUUUCCAAAUAAUGCAUAUGCUCAGAUCUGCUUGUUUUAAAUAGACAGUCGAGCAAAUUUAGCUCUUUUUAAGAAUCAGAAAUCUUUUGCAAUCUGAUCCUGAAUUAUGCAAGCAUGUCUUUUAUUUUUAAAUCUUUGUUGAGUAGUCUGAUGAACACUAAUUAGCUGACAGGCUUUCAUGAGUCAGGUGUUUGCUAUUUAUUUUCUACAGUGUCUCAAGGUUCACUCAAGUCUUGUAGAAUUUUUUUCCCACUGUUGGAUGAGAGGCUUUUUUUAAACAAAGGAAUAAUGAGG